UUUUUUUUCUUUGUGUAUAUAUAUUAUAUGACAAUAUUUAUUAUUAUUCAAUCAACAUAAAAAAUACGAAAUGGAAACACCAUCACAAUUUACACCAUCUUUACCACAUACUUUGGAACAACUACUUGGAAGCACUGAAAGUAACUUAUUUCAAGAUUUCCAACAAUAUCUUGAACAAUCUUUUUGUUGUGAAAAUCUUUACUUUUGGCUCGAUGUUCAAGAAUAUAUUGAUCUUUGUCGACAAUUAGAUCAUGAUGGCUUUCAGUUUUCAACAAAACAACAACAAGAAGAAAAUAUUCUUUUCCACGUGGUCCAACAAAAAUGCCAUGCGAUGAUUGACACUUAUAUUCGACCCAACUCUAAUCAAGAAAUCAAUAUUCCUUGUGAACUUCGACAAGACCUCCUGGAUCAAGUAUUUGGAUUAGGAAAUUAUCACCCUCAGGUGUUUGCAAAAUCAACAAAGAGUGUACUUGAGUUGAUGCGUGUCAAUGCUUUUAUUCCAUGGAUUUCUUCUUACAUGGCAUCUCCUCUUUCACCUCCUUUAUCUUCAACUAUCACCAAUUCUCCUUUUGUCAAUCCUCUUAUCAAUGGUCAUCAACUACCCCUAUCUCCAACUUCACCAUGCCGUCCAAAACAUCGUCAGAUAACUACCAACACGGAUCGUACUAUUGAUUCUAGUAGCAAUGAUAAUCUUUCUUCAACUCAAUCCUCUCCUACAAGCUUAUCGUUUUCUUUUAUGGUGGAUAAAUGGAAUUCUUUCAACAGGAUGAAAUCAAUGAAGCGAAGUAAUUCAAUGGAUUCAACAACUUCUGUAGAAUUGAUGGAUGAAAGUCAACAAUCAGUCAAAAAAGGGAACAUGGAUAUGACUACUUGUUCACCACCUCCAUCUCCAACUGUAUCUUCACCUCCUGCAUCAACUCGAUAUAAAUCCAUGUUACAAAGAGUCAAGUCUUCUUUUCUGCCCAAUCCCUCAACUAUCAAACCUACCACAACUUCUUGGAAAAAAGAUCAACAAGAUUGAAAUGGAUUAAUAUUAUUAUUUUUUACUUUAGAUAUCCUAUGAUACCCCCCCCCUUCUCUUUCCAUUCAUUUAUAUACACAUCCAAAUUAGAUUAUUCUCUUGUACUUUUAUUAUAUUUUAUCAUUACUUUUUUUUUUAUUUAGUCUUUAUUCAAUUCCCCCCUCCCCUUCUCCUAUUUUUUUUUUACAUCAAAACUAGAUACAUCUUUUAUACAUAUUCUCAUAUACCAACUUUUUUAUUUAGUUGAUUGAUCUUUCUUCUUCACAA